UCCUUCUAUAUCUAUUUGGAUACGCAACUGGAAUAAUUCAUAUGGAAACCGGCUUAUUGCUGAACAGUUAGCAUGGAACUAUGAAGACCUACAAAUUGAAGUUAAUAAUCGUAUUCUUCAUUUAAAUACUGAACAAUUUGCUGCAUAUAAUGCUAUUUAUAAUUCAGUAACUAAUAGCUAUGGAAUUGCAUCUCUUUUACUUAGUGGUGGACAUACAGCACAUUCAACAUUUAAAAUUCCUAUUGAUGUCAAUAGCAACUCAUUUUGUUCUAUAGACAAAACUUCAGAACAUGCUGAUUUACUUCGUCAAACUGCACUUAUUAUAUGGGAUGAAGUGUCUAUGCAAAAUCGUUACUGUGCUGAAGCUGUUGAUUAUUUUUUACAUGAUAUUCAUGAUAAUCAACAUCUAUUUGGAGGAAUCACAGUUGUUUUUGGUGGUGAUUUUCAUCAAAUUUUGCCAGUUGUUGUUAAAGGGUCUAGAGAACAAAUAGUUGGUGCAUGCCUUCAACGAUCUCAAUUAUGGCA